AUGACACAAAAUCAGGCUGCCUGGAUUAUUGAUUCUAAGGCGCAUCCAUUUAGAUAUAUGAUGCUCCUAGGCUGGCCAUUCAUUCUAGGCACUGAUGUCGCUGGAUUGGUGGUUAUGAACCCUUGUGUGACAUACUUCACCGAAGGCCAGCGGGUCGUCGCGUAUUGCCACAAUGUAGGGCCAAAUGAUGCUGCCCACUCGGGAUUCCAGUUGUACACGUUAGUGAAGGAAAUCACUGCAGCAGGAAUCCCAGAUUCUAUUAGCUUUGAAGAAGUCGCUGUGCUACCGCAGGCUCUUUCGACUGCCGCGGCGGGCCUGUUUCUCGAAGCAAGCCUCAAUCUUCCCUUACCCCCUGCUACUGGCCUGAAGCCGACAGGGAAAUCGAUUCUCAUUUGGGGUGGCGCGUCUUCGGUUGGCGCAACAACAAUUCAACUCGCAGACGCGGCAGGUCUGACGGUGAUCACGACUGCAUCAGCUCAUAACCAUGAGUUGGUAAAGUCUGUAGGCGCAAAUGCUGUUUUUGACUAUAAGUCUCCUACUGUCGUCAAGGAUGUUGCCAGUGCGGUCGCCAAUACUAACUUUGUUGGUGUCUUCGACGCUAUUUCCGAAACUGCAAGUUCUGAGAUGGUGCGUACAAAUCUAGACCAGUUGAAAGCAGAUGUCAGGACUAUAAGUGCUCUGCCCUAUGAUAAACCCACGGAACGGUCUGCUCCAGUAUUUAUUAGUUCCAAUUUCCUAACCUAUGACUCCAACAAACAUGUCGCCGACGGUAUUUGGAAAGACUUUCUCUCAAAAGCUCUGGAGAACGGACGACUUAAACCAAAGCCAGACCCUGAGGUUGCUGGGAAAGGCCUAGAAGAAAUCCAGGGUGCUGUUGACAUGCUAAAGAAAUGCGUCUCGGCCAAAAAGAUCGUUGUCACUCUGUGAUAAUCAAGAUGCUAGGAAACUUUCUGACCUUGGGCAUUAGCAAUAUGGAAGGAGACAACUAUCUGUAGUGGGAGUUUAAACAGGAGCUUAGUGGAGCUUGGCAUUAGGGGUUGAGAAAUAAUCUGAGAGUAGAUGUUUGCACCAGUUUUGCAACCAGCUCUACCAAACAGGUACAUUGAUGCAGGUGCCAAUCACUGUUCCUCCUGUCUAAAAUUUCUG